AUGAAUGAAAAGUCGGCCGAGGCUAAUCAUAUGGACCUCCUCGCGACCGUCCAGUCAUACCUCCUGUAUGCAAUAAUGCUGUACUUCACACCAAGGUCUGGUUCAAACUAUAUCGAACAGGACACCCUGAUUCAACUACAAGCGCUGGCAGCGGAUCUGGCAAGCAAGGGUACCUUAUGCUGGGCGGAAGCUCAUGGCAGCCGUCCAGAAUGGGAAGCGUGGAUAGUUGCUUCAGCCAGACGACGAACACUGUUCGCAGCAUACCUGUUUGACAAUCUUGUCAACUUCUACCUCGGCUCGCCUUCAUACAUUGCCAAGGAACUCGCCGGUCUGCCGGCUCCGGGAAGUAAGCAAUUAUGGGACGCACCUACACGGCAUUCAUGGAAUGCUGCAUAUAACCAACAGCUGAGUCAAUGGACCGAUGGACAGCUUCUCAUCAACGAUCUUUGGCCUCGUGCUGAGCUGCCGUCAGACUCUUUGAAACGAAAGGUCGAUCAGUGGCUUUCUUCGGUUGACGAAUUUGGUAUGAUGCUAUACUCUGUCAUAUCGCAUACUUAUAAUCGCUGA